CCGGCGAGGACAGCCAGGCCGCGGGCACCCGGCGCCGCUCCCCGGCGGGCGAGGCUCGGCAAGGCUCGCACGGCUCUGCACGGCGGCCCCGCGGAGGGCGACGGCCCGGCCCGCCGGUGGAUGCCCGCCGCCCGGCAUGGAGCAGGCCUGCGAAGUGAGCCGCCGCAGCUGCCUCGUCCCCUUCGGCACCUCGCUGUCGGCCGCCGAGCCCAAGGGCGGCCCCUUCGGCGAGGCCCGCGGCCCCGAGCCGCCCGCCAUGCAGCUGGCGGCCGCCAAGCCCGGCUACGGCCAGGACCCGUCGUCCUGCUACAUCCCGCUGCGCCGGCUGCAGGACUUGGCUUCCAUGAUCAACGCCGAGUACCUCGGCGGUGCCGCCGACGGCGCUGAGGCCCUGCCCGACCCUGGCUCGCCGGGCCCCCGCCUGCCCGCGGCGCAGGACCCUGCGGCCGAGGUGCCCCGCGGGGCCCGGGCCUUCCCCCUGCUCCUGCGGGACGGUGGAGAGGAGGCGCUGGAGGAGGAGGAGGAGGGCGCCGAGACUCCGGAGGAGGAGGAGGAGGAGGAGGACGACGACGACUACGACGACGACGACUACGACUACGAGGAAGAGGAGGAGGACGACGACGACGACGAGGAGGAGGCGGCGACAGAGCCCGGCCCGCGGAGCCGCGGCCGCUCAGCUCCGCAGCGGGGCCCCGACAGCCGCCUGCAGCCGGCCGAGUCCGUGCCGGACGGCGGCCCCGGGGAGCAGCCGGAGUCCUCGGCCGCCCUGCAACUCAUCCAAGCCAAGAAGAAACCUCCAGUGAAGUAUGAAGUUGGGGAUCUUGUUUGGGCCAAGUUCAACAGACGCCCAUGGUGGCCAUGCACAAUUUGUCAUGACCCAGUGCUGGACUGUCACUCAAAAAUGAAAGUUUCCUGUGGGAGACCAUACCGAGAGUACUAUGUGGAUGCCUUAGGAGAACCUUCAGAGAAAACCUGGGUUCCUGGGAAAGCUGUUGUCCUCUUUGAAGGGAGACAUCAGUUUGAAGAGCUGCCUGUUCUCCGGAAAAGAGGAAAGCAAAAGGAAAAAGGAUACAAACACAAGGUGAAAGAGCUGGUUCCUCAGAGAUUUAGAGCUGAAUGGGAAGUCAGUGUUGGACAGGCAGAAGACAUUCUUCUUGGGGGGUCAGAGGAUCAGAAGUGCAGCCAGAACUCCAGCGAGCCGGACAGCGAGAAGGACGUGCAGCUGGAAUACUACACCAAUGGCCCUGGAGCAGAAAGGGACACGCAACUGAAUGGCUGCUUAAAAUCCUUGGCUUUUGACUCCAGACACGUGUCCAGUGAAAAAGGAAAAUUGCACAUCAAGCCACAGGUGAAAACAACCUCUGAAAGCAGAAAAAGGACUAGAGUAAAAAAGAGCGGCACAAGAGGGGAAGCAUCGAGGGAAGAAAUCAAAGACAAAACACCAGAGAGCGUAGUCAGAAACGUGAUUGUUGGAGACCUACCAGAGAAACACGCAUCUCAUGAGCUUCGCCGGAUUGCCAACAGCCUGACAGCAUCCAGUAGCACCAGGGAAAACCAUUUGCUGUCCUCCUUUGGAGAAAGACGUUUUGAAAAGACACCUCUAAAACCAGACUACGAGAGUCGUAAAAGUGACGCUCUGAAAAACACCCUCCAAGGAGAUUUGUUUUCCAGCCCUUCUUUUGAGAGAGAAAAGAGCUCCCUGGGCAUUUUGUGCAGUUCCAAGUUAAAAAUACACUAUUCUGCAUCUGAUGCUGGUGUUGAGAAAAAACAAACUGAAUCAGAUUCAUCCUCUUCCCUCUCUGACGGUGGGAACAGUGAUGUAGAUACCAUGGACCAAAGUUCAGAGAGAGCCUCUAGUGCUCUUGAAGUUAGUGAUUCUUCAGAUAAAGUGGAGAAGGACUUUGCUAUGACAUCAAGUGGAAACAUUAAACUUUCCAUGUAUCUUUCUCAGAAGAGCAGCAGAAGGGCCAGGAAGAAGUCGCACAGAGAUCGCAAAGCUCUGGGAGGUUCAGCAACCAACAGACUUGAUGCUGAAUUUGUGGAUGGGGAGCUUGAAGUAGGUUUGUCUGAUGCUGAGAUGUCAUUGACACCUCUCGAGUGCUCUUCAGAUGUGAGAAAUUACAAUCUUUCCCUAGCAAACAAGCACACUACCCCCCAAAGUGUUUCCAAGGACAGCUCCUGGCCUGCUGUUACAAAUCAAGCAAUCUUGAAACUGAAAAGCAUGACAUUACCCGGAAGCAGAAGUAUAAAAUGUAAACAUAAAGAAAAGGUUGCUGGGUUGGAGCCUUCUCUUGCAGAAGAGGAGGGUGGUGUGAAUCAGUGUUCUUCAGAUACCAAAGGUUUCUCUGGCCUUUCAAGAGAUUCUCUUCAGAGAAGUGGAAAAGUUGAUGGUCAGAAACUGUUAAACAACAUGCAUGAGAAACCCAGGGAUUCUGCUGAAAUCGAAACAGCCGUGGUGAAGCACGUUCUGUCGGAGCUGAAGGAGCUGUCCUAUCGGUCCAUGAAUGAUGAUGCCAGUGACUCUGGCACUCCAAAGGCCACAGUACCUUUGCUUUUCUCCUCUGCUUCUGGUCAUGGUCGUUUGCCUAUUGAACCAGAUUACAAAUUCAGCACCUUGUUAAUGAUGUUGAAGGAUAUGCAUGACAGUAAGACAAAAGAGCAGCAACUAAUGACUGGUCAAAAUAUAGUCCCAUUUCGAAAUACCAGCACAGGUGAUGGUUCUGGAAGCAAUUCUGCAAGUGGUCUCAAGUCUCUGUCUAUUGUAGGUCCCCCAUAUAAAAUAGAAAAAAAUGGAGAUUGUGUCCAGGAAACAGUAACUCCAAACUCUGCUAUAAGCAACUCCUCAUUUUCACGUGGUCCUCCAACCAAGUUGACAGGGAUUGGUACUGGUAAAAGGGAGCCUGCGAGUGCUGCUGUUUCUGGGACAAACGGCACAAAUUGCAUGUCCAAACGCAACUGCUCAAAAUCUAAGCAGUCAUCAAAGCUUGGAGAUAAAACAGUUUCAAACAGAAAGGACUUAAAACCAGGAGGGCCAAGUAAGUUGCUAAGUCGGUUACCCAGAGAUUCAGGAGAACAUGCAUUCCGUGGGCACAGUUCGGUUACCAGACCUCUAGGGAAUGAGGCAGAAGAUACUGAGAGGAAAGAGUGUAUUGAUUUAACAGAGCAUUCAACUGAUGAAGACUCUGCCUGUUUAUCUGAUGACAAUUUAGGUCGUAUUGGAAGGAGACCUGAAGCUGGUAGAAAUAAAGAGAGCUGCAAUUCUGCUGAAAAUGGGGAGAGUCCAGACUUGGAUUCAGAGGCAAAUAGUGAGAGCUCUCUUGGUGAUGAGUCUAAUGAUACCAAUCACGUAGCACCCAAAAAGCGAUGGCAGCGUUUUAACCAAAGCAGUACUAGAUCUAAUAAGCACAUCAGUAGAUCUAGGGAACAAGGAAACUUGGAGAGUGCCUUUGGCCUGAAUUCUCGUGGCUUUUCACUGAAGGGAAAUGAGUGCUUGGGACGUAGGCAUUCCCCUCAUUCAAAGGUGCUUGAGGGAGACUUGGCAGUUCAGGACUUUGAGAAUCGUUUAGACUUAGUUGAUAAACGUUUGAAUGUAUGUGGUAAGCCAAACACCAGUGUGAUGGACUCAGAAACAGAGCUUGGCAACUUUGCUCCCCAGUCUGAAUUCUCUGCACAAGCACAUUCAGAGAGGAAGCGCCUUAGAAAGCCGAGUAAACGGCUUCUGGAAUAUGCAGAAGAAUAUGAUCACUUGUUUGCACCCAAGAAAAAAUCAAAGAAGGGCCAGGAGCAAUUACAAAAGGUGAAUUCUGUGGCGAGGUCUGAAUGUGAAGGAGGAGUUCCUGCACAAUGCUGUCCUGACAGAGAUACCCAGCAGGGGCCAAGUUCUUUGGUUUCAACUCCAUCUUCAACCAAAGAGUCCCCUCCCGUCCUUGAAGCAGAGUGUUCCUUCUCAGAACUAGGAUCCCACUCCACUGAUCCCCCUAGUCAAGCUCAAGGUGGAUCUUCAGAUUUUCCAGAGGUGGUGGUUCUGUCUUCCUCCGAUGUUUCUGAAGUUUCUGCUUCUCCAGAUGCGGAAGAGGGAUUCCUGAAAUCAGGAAACUUCGAAAGCAAGCGUCAAAGGAAGCCCACUAAAAAGCUCUUGGAAUCCAAUGACUUGGACACUGCCUUUAUGCCAAAGAAGGAGGAAUGGACUCCCCAGAAGAAGGGUACUGGCCCUUCAGAGAGUGACAGCUCUGAGCUCUACUCACCAGCCCACUUCCAGGACCUGGGAGAAGCUUCUGAAAAGCUCUUGGAGAAACAGCGAAAGCGAAAGAGGCAGCGCCAUACCUCUGCUGCAGUCCAUUCCAAGAAGGAGAAAAAUGAGGAGGGGCUGGGGGAGACCCCACACUCUGAGGGGGAGACAUCGGUUCAUGGGACUGCUGCAAGCCCCAAAGAGGGUCAUGAGGAGGGGUCAGAGAAUGACCAUGGAGUGCCUUCAUCCAAAAAGAUACAGGGAGAACGUGGAGGAGGAGCAGCUCUCAAGGAGAAUGUGUGUCAGAUCUGUGAGAAGCCAGGGGAGUUGUUGCUGUGUGAGGCGCAGUGCUGUGGUGCUUUCCACCUGCAGUGCCUUGGGCUCUCCGAGAUGCCAAAGGGCAAAUUCAUCUGCAAUGAGUGUUCCACAGGGGUCCACACCUGCUUUGUGUGCAAGAGCUGCGGGGAGGAUGUGAAGCGGUGCUUGCUGCCCCUCUGCGGGAAGUAUUACCACGAAGCCUGCAUACAGAAAUACCCACCCACAGUCAUGCAGAACAAGGGCUUCCGCUGCUCCCUGCACAUCUGCAUGACCUGCCAUGCUGCUAACCCAGCAAACAUCUCUGCCUCUAAAGGUCGGCUGAUGCGCUGCGUGCGGUGUCCGGUCGCGUAUCACUCCAACGACUUCUGCCUGGCCGCCGGCUCCGUGGUCCUGGCCUCCAACAGCAUCAUCUGCCCCAACCACUUCACCGCGCGCCGGGGCUGCCGCAACCACGAGCACGUCAACGUCAGCUGGUGCUUUGUCUGCUCGGAAGGGGGCAGCCUUUUAUGCUGCGAGUCGUGCCCGGCUGCGUUUCACCGUGAGUGUCUAAACAUUGAGAUGCCAGAGGGAAGCUGGUAUUGUAAUGAUUGCAAGGCAGGCAAAAAGCCACACUACAAAGAAGUAGUCUGGGUGAAAGUUGGGCGCUACAGGUGGUGGCCAGCUGAGAUUUGCCAUCCUAGGACAAUUCCUGUCAACAUCCAGAAAAUGAAACAUGACAUUGGUGAGUUCCCCGUGCUGUUCUUUGGCUCCAAGGACUACCUGUGGACCCACCAGGCUCGUGUGUUCCCUUACAUGGAAGGUGAUGUCAGCAGCAAAGACAAGAUGGGGAAGGGCGUGGAUGGCAUAUACAAAAAAGCUCUUCAGGAAGCUGCUGUGAGAUUUGAAGAAUUGAAAGCACAGAAAGAACUGAGACAACUUCAGGAAGACAAAAAGAAUGACAAGAAACCUCCUCCCUACAAACACAUCAAGGUGAACCGGCCGGUGGGGAAGGUGCAGAUCUUCACUGCAGACCUGUCGGAGAUCCCGCGCUGCAACUGCAAACCCACGGACGAGAACCCCUGCGGCCUGGACUCGGAGUGCAUCAACCGCAUGCUGCUCUACGAGUGCCACCCCCUGGUGUGCCCUGCUGGCGAGCGCUGCCAGAACCAGUGCUUCUCCAAGCGCCAGUACCCCGAGGUGCAGAUCUUCCGCACGCUGGCACGAGGCUGGGGCCUGCAAGCCAAAACAGACAUCAGGAAGGGUGAAUUUGUUAAUGAGUAUGUUGGGGAGCUGAUUGAUGAAGAGGAGUGCCGAGCCCGAAUCCGCUAUGCUCAGGAGCAUGACAUUACCAAUUUCUACAUGUUGACACUGGAUAAGGAUCGAAUCAUUGAUGCUGGGCCAAAGGGCAACUAUGCUCGGUUCAUGAACCACUGCUGCCAGCCCAACUGUGAGACUCAGAAAUGGUGUGUGAAUGGUGACACUCGGGUCGGGCUCUUCGCACUUGUAAAUAUCAAAGCUGGGACUGAGCUGACUUUCAACUACAAUCUGGAGUGUUUGGGAAACGGAAAGACCGUUUGUAAAUGUGGUGCCCCAAACUGCAGUGGCUUCCUAGGAGUAAGGCCGAAGAGCCAGCCCAGCCUAAGCGAGGAGAAGUCCAAGAAGCUCAAGAGGCGGCCGCAGAUGAAGCGCAGGUCGCAGGCGGAGGUGAUGAAGGAGCGGGAGGACGAGUGCUUCAGCUGUGGGGAUGGGGGGCAGCUGGUCUCUUGUAAGAAGUCAGGCUGCCCCAAGGUGUACCAUGCUGACUGCCUCAACCUGACCAAGAGACCUGCAGGAAAGUGGGAGUGCCCGUGGCAUCAGUGUGACGUCUGUGGUAAGGAAGCAGCUUCGUUCUGCGAGAUGUGCCCCAGGUCCUUCUGCAAGCAGCACCGGGAAGGAAUGCUCUUCAUCUCCAAGCUGGAUGGGCGAUUAUGCUGCACAGAGCAUGAUCCCUGUGGGCCUCAUCCUCUAGAGCCAGGAGAAAUUCGUGAGUAUGCGCCUCCCAUAGAAGGCCUGACUAAUGGCGAGGACACCCAGCCACCAGAGCAGCUGCCUGCAGAAACAGAGGCAGACACAGACCUGAGUGUUCAGCCCCUGGACAGCCUACCUCAGUCUGUGGCCCUCAGACUGCAGUCACCAGAAAAGCCCCCUGCUACCCUAGCGCUGAGGCUGCCUUCUUCAGACAAGCCCCCCACCACCCUUGCCCUGAGGUUGCAGCCAUCAAACAAGCCCCCCACCACCCUGGCCCUCAGGCUACCUUCACCAGACAAACCACCUGCCACCCUGGCUCUGAGACUGCCACCGUCAAAUAAACCCCCCGCCACCUUGUCACUGAGGCUGAAGCCAUCCAACAAACCCUCCACCACCCUCUCGCUGCGGCUUCAGCCUUCGGACAAACCUCCCACCACCCUGUCGCUCCGCCUGCAGCCAUCAGACAAGCCCCAGGCUGCCCUGUCCCUGAGGCUGCAGUCAGAGAAGCAGCCCAUCAUUGUAGCGCUGCGGCCUCAGCAGCCCGACAAACCUCCCAGCAACGCGGUGCUCUGGCCGCUGGACGAGUCCUCCAGUGACGCCUCGCAGCCUCAGCUGCCGAGCAAAUCUCCUCCAGGAUCACCUCAGUCCCCGCUGGAUGAGUCACUUGUUACUGCUGCUGAUCUGCAGCUCCAGCUGGCAGAUGAGACUCCUGAUGCCCCCGAGGUUUUGGAGUUAUCGGACAAGUCCCUCAUUGACAGCAGGGCGCAGCAGCCCGAGCUGCUGGAUGAGUUCCCCGUGAAAUGCCUGCAUCCUCCACUGUCUGACAGACUCCUUGCCACGGUGGGGAUGCUGCAGUCCCAGCCGGAGGAUGAGCCUCCUGAGGCCGAUCAGCUCCAGCCCUUGGACGACUCCUCUGCCCAGAGUCCGCAGCCACAGGCUGUGCAAGAGGCUUCCAGCUCUGUGGUGCCGCAGGUCCCAGCGUUGGAGAUGGCUUCCAGCCCUGAGGUGCUGUGGUCUGUUUCCGUUGAAAAAGUCCCAGACGCCCCAGUCUCACGGAUCCUGCCCUCAGAGAAGGCUCCUGGAUCAGCAGUACCACCUCUAGAAAAGGCUUCCUUCUCUGGGGCAGUGCGGGUCCCAGACACAGAGAAGUCUCCCAGCUCUGGGUCACCCCAUCCCCUGCCUCCAGAGAAGGCUGCUGAUUCGGGUGUGCCUCAGAUCCUGCCCACAGAGAAGACUCCCAGCUCAGGGUUGCCAUGGCCCCUGUCUCCGGAGAAGUCCCCUGGCUCCCGGUCACCGCACAUCCUGCCCACGGAGAAGGGUCUCAGCUCAGGGGCCCUUCGGAUCCCUCUCACACAGAAGUCUCCCUCCCCUGGUGUGCUGCGACCCCUUCCUCCAGAGAAGGCUGCUGACUCCGGGGCCCUGCGGGCUCUUCCUUUGGAAAAGGCUCUCAGCUCUGGGCUGUCUCGGCCUCAGCUCUUGGACAGGCCUCUCACUCUUACAGCCCCGUGGCCUCAGGCAUCGGAUAAGCUGGCUCCUGCUGUGGCUCCUCGGCCUCAAGCCUUGGACAAGCCUCUAGCUGCAUCGGCUCCGAGGCUGUUGCUGUCGGAGAAGGCGCUGCGCCCCGUCGACCAGAAUGCUCAGCUGAAGGAGAGAGGAGCCACAACCAUGGAGCUGAGUCCCCAGCAGAAAGAGAGGACCGUGUUAGCUGGGGAGCAAAUCUCUUGGUCUGCUGGGAAGGUGGUGACACAGGUUGGACAAAUACCUUGGCCUACAGAAAAACUACAAAUGCACGAGCAAAGCCACUGGUCCACCACGAAAACCCUGACGCCUGCGGAGCAGCCUUCCCGGACGGCAGAGAAACUACCAGAGCCAACCCUUCAGCCCAGCUGGGAAGUGGCCUCAGCCCCCUCGGAGCAGACCCCGUGGACAUCAGAGAGAUUGUGUGCAUUCGAGCAGACCCCUCGGCCAGCCAGGGAAGCGCCGGUGCCCCCGGAGCAGAUGCAGUGGCUUGUCACGAACGUUCAGACAAUUGAUCAGAUUGCUUGGCUGAGUGGAAAAGCACAGACUCCUCGGGGGCAGGACCCUUUGCCUGAACAAAACACAGCGCUAGCCCGUAACCAGGAUUCUGUCUGUCGUGAGUUGGCUGACUCAGAGCCAAAGUGAGGUUGGUGAAUAUGGGAGGCAGGUUUCAGUCGUUUAAUGUUUAGGGAGGGGGAAUCUUUGUUUUGUUUUUUUUUAUUCACUUCCCUGAGCCCAGCCCCUAACCCAUGCACAUCCCAUCCGUAUUCUCUUGUGACAUGAGCAAGGACAUUCUCUUAAAUCUGAGUCUGGCCCAGCCAAAGGGAGAGAGCAUCUGUGACCUUUUCCUCUUCCUUUUACAAAUGGUAAAGCUGAAAUAAAGAGUCCACUCUGGGUAAAAAUCUCCAAUUCCAUUGAAAUGGUCACAUUACUGAUCCAGCAUGUUCAAGCUCCAGGUUUGAUUGGUAGGUGGGUUCCUAGGCACAGCCAGGGGCCUUGCUCUUGUUACUGCAUUUAAAGAAAAUGGAUCAGUCAGGCUGCCCUGGCACUGCAGAUGUUUCAGGGAUCAUGUGGUGAGCAGUCAGGUGUGUGUCCUUGCCAGACUCCAGAAGCAGGGAAGGGAUUUUGUGUCACCUGCCCAGGUCUCUGUCCCUGCAGGGUGUUGCUUUACAAGGUCUGUCCAUGUGUUUACUGGGACAUGCUGUGUGUGUGGUUUGCUCAAGGACAGGGAUCAUCUCCAGUGAGAUGGGAGAGGAGCUCCUGCACUCACUCAGUGCAGUUUUCUCCAGCAAUAGGCAGUGUCCAUUCAGGCUCCUUUUUUACAGAGCUGCGACUGGCCAGGCCCAAGAAGCGGGAAAUCUGGAGGAAGUCAGGGAAAAGAGAGAUCUUGGAAGAAGUCAUCUGGGAGUUUUUCAUUCUUGUGUCUUAAUCUUUUAGCACAGGACACGUGGAGUGUUUUCCUGCACUUGACAACGUAGUGACCCAUAAAGCAGCAAUAGCGGAGCAGAGCAGAGUGGGUUCCUGGAGGUGCUGAGUACUGCCCUGCCAGGGGGACAGUGCUUCCUUUCAAAUUUCCAUCCAGUCUCUUCUAGACCUCUGUUGUCAGCGUGAGCCAGCAGACUGAGCAGUCCUUUCUCCCUUUGCCUCAGAUGUGUUCAGAACGUGUUCCCAUCACACCUGGUGUUGCCAGCAGCAAGCCAAGCCUGUCCUGCUCACUGCGCAGAGGCAAGGGUGCCGUAGCUGAAUCGGGACCCAUCUCAACACCUUCCCCUUGUGUAGCUUCUGGCUUAACUCUUCUACAACCAAAGGAGACUUGAAUUAACUGGACUGUGUUGGUGUGCGUGUGUGUGUGCGCGUGUGCGUCCAUCCAACUGAAUUGUAGUUCUCACACUGGAACACGGUGGGCUCCAGCAGCUGCCUGGCUUUCUUUUUUUUCUCUUCUCCCUUUUACAGUGAAGGCGAUGUUUAGUACCUGGUGGUCAUCGGGCUGGUGUCCAGACUAGGCCUGCUGAAAGCCGUUCACUCAAGCGUUGAGGCAGAAGUUGGUUUGGCUGUGGUGCUCAUGGGGCAGGCAGUAGAGUCCCAAGGACCUGCAGCAUCUUGUGACCACCCUCACAGGCAGGAGGAGGACAGACCUCCUUUGGUGGCACUGCCUGGCCUGGGUAGGGUUGGUGUCCUUCCGAGGAAACGCUGCUGACCAGCUUUUUCCCACUCUCACAACACAUUACCUCUGUAAUUACCUGAGCUCCACCAAUCUGGGGCCGCAGCCUCGGAUCUCCGUGCCGCCGCCAGACCCUUGCACAGCUCCAGUGUGUGUAUCCUUCUCCUUCUUCCAGGCAGAUCCACAGGCCCCUCCACAGGAAGGCAGAGUUCAGCCCCAUGCUGACCUCCUUCCUCUGACAUGGGAGCAGGUCCUUGUUCCCACCUGGCUUGCAAGUGCCUGCUGCUCCCAGAGCAGACGGUCAUGAGCUUUGCAGUUUUCUAUGAAGGGAGGCAGACACCUGUACCAAGAGAAAUCCUGAUCCGUUCUCCUUUCCUGAUGUGUGCACCCUGAGACAACGUCCUGCUGUAAAGGCCGGGUGUGCUGGCCACAAGGGGACAUUACCAGUGCUAUCUCUUCUCUAGUCCGAAUCAUUUCAGAUCCUUUGUAGAAUAGCUCACAACUUGGAAGAGCUUUAUGGCUUAUGGAAACUUACUUGUUUAAUGUUGUUGUUUUUUUUUUUUUUCCCGGGAAGACUGGCAGGUCAGUUCCUGCUUGCUGCUGAAACUAGGGAAAUGCAAGCAGCUUGCAUUUCUGCGUGACUCCUCCACAAAGGGAAUCAGGACAACUCAGAUCCAUUGAGAGAGAAGAUUACCUUAAGGGCAUUCAUUAAGGUUUUUAAACAAAAAUUAAAAAAAAAUAUAUGGCGUUCAGUAUAUUAAGUAUUUAUCAUGUGUGAGAAGGAAAAUAAAUCUUGAAUUUACAUUUAUAAACCUUCCCAUGAGCUGGACUUAGUCAUGUAGAUUGUGUAAGUAGGGUUUCCUCAGUGCCAGCACCCAGCUAGCUCCCACUGUAACCAGAGAGGUCUCUGCACUGCUCUGUCCACCUCCGCUUCGCAUUGUCACGUGUUAACUAGUUACUUGUUUCAUGAAAAAAUAAACUGUGAAUAUUUUUGGUGCAGGCUUUUUUAAAUCUGUAAAAUGGAGAAGUUCUCAGUGAAUUCUCACAAGAGCAGGUUUGAAAAAAAAUGACUUCUAUAAAUCACGGGCUCUCGUGUCAGGGUGAGGCUCACGGCAGCAGCCGCCUUUCAUGCCAGCAGGUGCUUAUCCAAAAGCUUGUUUGGAGCAGUGAAUGUGGAUUAAACCUUUGCAUGGCAUUUUCCACAGCCUGCUUUGUUGCAGCUGUACCCUGUCUCUCUUCUUGUCUCCCUUUUCCACAAGGAUCCAGGUUUCUGGCUUCUUAUCUUGCAGCUUCUGUUGGGAAGUUGAGUUCAGCUUAGCCCGGAGGCUGCUUGGCAAAACUGGUGUUGAGGAACUUCACUGGAGGAGGAGGCCAGGAAGCUGCUCUUCCCUCUUUGCUCUCGCUGCGGCCUUGGGCAGUGCUCUGUCAGAUCAGGAGGGCUUUUCAGAGGGAGUAGUGGUGCUUUUGGGAGUCUCUGGGCUUUUCUGGGUCACAUAGACAAGGCUUGACCAGCUGUAGAGAGAGGUCCCAGCAGCCCUGCCCAUGUCCAGCCUGCCCUCAUCAGGGAGCAUGAGCUGGGGAACAGCUUCAGGCAGCAAAACCCUUGUGAAGGAAAUGUGGGCAUCUUCUGUACUCAAGGUGACUCACUGUGGUUACAGCUGGCAGCUCUGCCUUGGAGGAGGAGAGGGACAUGUCUGUGUUGAAGCAGUUGGGUUUGUUUGCUGCCAUUUGUUGCUGCCUUCAAAAUUCAGCCAGUUUGAAUCACGAGGGAUUUUAAAAGUAGAGGGUAGAGGCAAAGUAACCCAUACCCCUGGCAGACUCUGUGGGAGACACUGCUGCAGCCUUGUGCUGGACUCAGACCUGUGCAACAUCUCCAUGCCAAGGCUGUGAUGCUCUCUUGGUGUGUUGGAGGGAUCCAAUCACCUGGUCACUUAGUCCUGGGUCAGCCCUAAUUGCACCCCAGGUGGGUGAGAGGUGACUCCUGUGUUGAUUCACUGGUGUGGAGCACUGUAGAAGCAGAAUCAAGGGUGUAAUUAUCUCUGUCCCUUCCCUGGUGUCCCACAAUGGCUCACAGGAAUUCUCCAGACUCAUUCCUGGUAGGAGUAGCUCACUCUUCCCAUUUCCAAAGGGGAUGCAGGCUCUGCUCCUGUGUGAACACUUUGCUGGUAACAUCCCUGCUGGCAGGAUAACUGCUGCCCCUGCUCAGAGCAGGGGGCUGGGGUCAGCAGUGGCCCGUGGCCUCCACCCCACCGGAGGACCCACUUUACUGGGCAGGAGAGUCCCAGGUGCCCUUUGGUGACAAAGGAGCUCUGAUGAGGGGUAACAGCAAGGUCAUGGCCUUGUGCCCUGAGGGAUGAGGGUUGCAGAGGAGGAGCCACCACAGGAUGUGUGGGCUGUGGGCAGGAUGAGGGGAGCAGGCACAGGCCACUGUUCUGCGUGGCUUGUCCCAUCUUCCCCACUGUCAGCCAGGGCUCUGGUGAAUCUAGCAGGAGACUUAUCACUGUAAGGAAUAAUCAGCUCACCUACUGCACGUCUCCAGAUGCAAAUUAGCUCAUGGUAGCUUGCUUUAUUGCUGUUCUGCAGUUAAACUUUUCCUAUUUAACAAAAAAAAGCUCCACAGGAACCAGUCACUUCAAUACACAAAACGUCUGGGUGGUACUGUGGGAGCACGUGUUAAUUCAGGGUUAAACCCCUGCAGGCAGAGGCUCUGAAGGUGUGGCUGGUGUUUAAAGUUCGGGAGAUAAGAGAGAUGAUUGAAUGUAAAGGACAUAAAAGAACUAAGGUGAGACGGUGCAUCUGCUAGAAAAGCUUCAGCUUAGUUUCACAGAAAACAAAAAUGGAAGAGAAAGAAAAAGCAGCCCUAACCUUGAUGCUCUUGGCAAUGUGUUCGCCCUGAGCAUGUUCUGGGUGUGCCCAGCUCGUAUCUGGACACCACAGCCAGUGUUGUGACAGGGCAGGGGGAGUUUGAGAAACUUCAGACCUUCAACACCUUCUGUUUAUUUUUUAUUUCAGCCUUAACUUCUGAUUUUGCUUGAUGAUUGGAAUAACCAUAAUUGUAACCUGCUUGUAAUGUGCUUUGCCCUAAAUUACUGAUUAGGCUUUUGGCCUUUGCUAGCCAGUGAGUGUAAAAGCAAAGUGGCAAAUCGUGCAGCUACUCUGAAAGUAUGGGGGGAUGCUGUGUUUGAUCUCCCAGGCUUUGCCCAUGCUAUUUACCCACCCUCCUGUGAUAGUGAUAACGCUGGUGGCAGCAUUUGCAGCCAAGGCCGCUCCUCCUGCUGCAGCACAGCUGGGCUGAUGGGUGCUUGGGGCUCCCAGGGCCUGGGACACAGGACACUGGAGCUUGGGGACUGCUCUGCCACGUGCCUGGCUUCAGCAGGAGUCUCACCUGUGGGGUGGCAGUGCCCUUGCUUAGCAGGAGAUGGGAGGAUGCAAGAUUGCUGCUCCAGGUCCUACAAAAGUGAUGUAAGCAAAGUUUGGUGCCAGGGGAAAGGACAGAUUGUUUGAGCUUGGGCUGGAGGAGCAGCAGUGAUGGACAGUCCCUACAGCACUGAAUCUACCUCCUAGGGAAAUCUGAGAAAUGGGUGUUGCUAUGGCCUAUUUCAAGGUAAAGUUUUAAUCAUGUUUGCCCUUGGCAAAGCCCUUGGGCUAUUGUGGUGCUAUUGUAAACCGUUGGCAGCUUAGCACAGUAGGGCUGGACUCACGGCUCCUGGCCCACGGGCUGGGGCUUCUUGGCCAGCUGAUACCAUCCCCCUGGAGCUGGGGCCGGGCUUCAGCACGUGUGUCUGAAACAGGACAAGGAGUGACGUGGUUCCUUCAGUUUAUGGUGGUUUUGAGACUAAACCAGUGUGCCACUGAGCCCCGUGGGGAGCCCGUGGAGCCACGUGAAGCAAGCAGGCAUCUGCUACUGCAUGUUCUUCGUGUCCGUUUGGUACUGAGCUGGUUUCAGUUUUUGUUUCUUUUUCUGAUGUUUCCGAGUUGUUGACUUCAAGGAACUGGGUUUAGUGUAUUUUUUGUAGACACUGGGAACUUGUUAAAAGGAAAAGCAGCAAGCACCGGGAGGCUCAAGGUGGAGUGUGGCUGGAGCUGAGUGUGCCCCAGCUGGUGUGGGUGGGAGGUGAGAUGUGUUGGCAGCAGAAGGGGGCAGGCAGGGAGUGGCUCUCCCUGUGAGGGGCCCUGGAAGCCUUUCAGCAGUGGUGCUCGCAGCCCUGCAUAUCGGUGGUGCUGAGCUCACUGCCCCACCAGCCUGCUCACCCCCAAGACACUGACCAUGCUGGGCACUGUGCCUCGCUCUUAAUGUCCCCUGCCACCCUCCAGCACUGUGUGCUCCCAGCUGGGGUCCUGGCUGCCAGCUAGCCAAGGGCCCUGGGGAGGAUGGCUGCCCACUGCCCCUUCCUCAUUACCCAGGGACAUGGCGGGGCCACUCAUGGCAGCAGCGUAACUUGUGCAGGAGCCAUGAGUGAGAGGUUUGCUCAUGGGAAGAACCUCAGUGUGAGCAGCCCCACGCUGCCUUCCUUCCCCUCUGAGGUCUGCUGCCCACAGGGUGGCAGUGAAUGGGGGUGCCCCACAGGGUCCUGUUCUGCAGGCUCAGGCAGAGGGAAACACAUCAGGAGUCAAGGAUCCCAGCCAGGGCAGAGGCCAGCACUGGAGCACUGCAGGGGGAACAAAGGGGUGCUCAGCCCUGGCCAGGAGUCGUCUGUCAGUUUUAAGAAGGAAUGCCAGAGCAGGUGAGAGUAAACUACAUAUUUCCAGCAUGUAUAUUAUUUUUAGAAGAGGGAGAGGGGAGAGUCUUGGACCAUUGAUUACUUUCAUUUUGCUCCCCUUAGACUGUUGGCUGUGUAUGUGAAACUUAUCAUGAAAAGAGGGUUGCCCUGCCCAGGUGCUCCCAGAACAUGUACUGUAAUUCUUUGUAUAUAGAAGAAAAAUUACUGUAAAGUAAAGUUUAACUUUACUCUCGA